AUGAAACUAUUAUAUUUAUAUUUAUUAGUUGCAGUAUUGUUUUCUAUUGCAAACUCAUCUCUUUUUGCUUCAUCCUCAUCCUCGUCAUCCAACCCUGAUUUAGUCAGAAAUAUUUCAGAAAUUAUUCAGGCUAGAGGAUAUCCAGUUGAAAAUCAUCAAGCUAUUACACCAGAUGGUUAUAUUCUAUCCGUUCAACGUAUCCCAGCAGGAAGAUAUCAAAACAAUCCAAACCCAUAUGGAUCGAAUGGCAAACCAGCUGUUAUUUUACAACAUGGUGUAGAGGAUUUAGGUAUAACAUGGGUACUUCAAGAGAAUGUUUAUCAAAGUUUAGGUUUUAUUUUAGCAGAUAAUGGAUUCGAUGUCUGGAUUAAUAACGUUAGAGGCACCACCUAUUCAAACUCAAAUAUUAACUAUAGUUCAGAUUCUAAAGAAUUUUGGGCUUUUAGUUUUGAUGAAAUGGCUCAAUACGAUUUACCAACUGUUGUUGAUUAUGUUUUAGAAACUACAGGUAAUAAAAAAGUUGGUUAUGUAGGUCAUUCACAAGGUACAACUAUGGCAUUCAUUGGAAUGACAAAUCAAACUGUAGCCGAUAAAAUUAACCUCUUUGUUGCUUUAGCUCCAGUUGUCCGUGUAACCCAUUGCGAAUCUGAUCUUUUAAAUAUUUUAUCAGACUUUAAUGUUGAUAUUUUAUUUGCUGCUUUAGGUUUUAAUGCUUUCUUACCAGAUACCCCAUUCCUUCAAAAGUAUUUACCAGUCAUUUGUAAAAAUGCCCCAAGUAUUUGUGAAAAUUCAUUAGCUUUAAUUAUGGGUUGGGAUGAAGCCAGUAUUAACACCACUAGAUUACCAGUUUAUAUGGCCCAUGAACCAGGUGGCACAUCAGUACAAAAUGUUAUCCAUUGGUCACAAGCUACUAAAGAUGGUUAUCAAAAAUUCGACUAUGGUGUAGUUGGAAAUUUAGCACACUACGGCCAAGCUACUCCACCACAAUAUAAUAUCAGAGAUUUUAAUGUUCCAGUUGUCGUUUACUCUGGUGGUCAAGAUUAUUUAGCUGAUCCAACCGAUGUUCAAUGGUUAAUUGAUCGUUUAAGCUCAUUGGUUAAUUGGAAGAGUUUACCAUCAUAUUCGCAUUUGGAUUUUGUUUGGGGAGAAAAUGCUUAUAUUGAUGUAUAUGGAGAAGUUACUCAAUACUUAUUAAAAUAUGCAAACGCUUAA